AUGCAGAAGGAGGAUUUGAGCUUAAGUCCUGGCAUGAUUCACUACUUGCCUAAGUUCCAUGGCUUCUCAACAGAGGUUGCCAACAAGCAUCUCAUGGAGUUUCAUGUGGUAUGCUCGGGAAUGAGACUAGCCAAUAUGGAUGAGGAGCAAGUCAAGUUGAGGGCAUUCCCAUUUACAUUAGAAGCUAAGGCAAAGGAGUGGAUUUACAAUUUACCUCCAGGAUCAAUGAACACAUGGAACCAGGUGAAGCAAGCAUUCUUGGAGCAAUAUUUUCCGGCCACAAAAGCUAUAAGCAUAAGGAAAGACAUAUGUGCAAUCCGACAACAACAUGGAGAGCCCUUUGGAGAUUACUAUGAGCGAUUCACACAUUUGGUUGCAUCUUGUCCUAAUCAUCAAAUUUUAAAGCAUCUUUUAAUACAAGAUUUUUAUGAAGGAUUGUGUGGUACUGAUCGUGUAAUGUUUGAUGCAGCAAGUGGAGGAGCAUUCAUGGACAAGACACCAACAAAUGCUAAGGCAUUAUUAAAGAACAUUGCUGGCAAUACACGACAAUUUGGAGGGAGAGAUGAGCUACCUCUUAAGAAAGUUAACGAGGUUAUGGUGGCUCCAAAACAGGUGUGCGGUGUUUGUUCAAUGAUGGGACAUGCCACGGAUAUGUGCCCUUCGUUAAUGGAUCAAGGUGGUCUUGAGCAAGCUAAUGCGUUAGGAGGGUUUCAAGGGCAACAAAGACAAAAGUAUGAUCCAUACUCCAACAACUAUAACGCAGGGUGGCGCGAUCAUCCACACUUAAAGUGGAACAAUCAAGACAAUGGACAACAAUCUGUUCCCAACAACUAUAACCGUCCACCUGGCUUCUUUCAAGCAAGAUCGCAGACACUAUUUCAGCCUCAACAACAACAAGCUCCAAGUAAGUCUCUUGAGGAUUUAAUUGCUUCUUUAGCUAACUCUACUCAAUCUCAUUAA